AUGCCUUACGAAGUAUCUCGCAUAAAUUUACUCAUGAAUGCUAAAAACGUUUAUGGAUAUUAUCCAACUGCCGAAGAAGAAAAUGAUAAUUCAAUUAGCAAAAUUAUUAUUAAAGUAUUAGGAGGUCACCAUUUGGCCAAAAAAGAUAUAUUUGGUGCAACUGAUCCUUAUGUUAGAAUCGAUUUAAAAACAAUCAAUGAUGAUUUAACCAUAGAUUCUGUGUGUACAAAAACUAAAAAGAAAACAUUAAAUCCUAAAUGGAAUGAACAAUUUGCAUUUAGAGUAAAAAUAAAUGAGCAUAAGCUUGUUCUUCAAGUUUUCGAUGAGAACAGGCUAACUAGAGAUGAUUUUUUGGGAAUGGUUGAAUUAAUUUUGCCAAAUUUAUCUGUUGAAAAUGCUGGCAGAUCUUUAAAAUAUCCUCUUCAGCCUAGGAGCUCUAGGUCUAAAGUAAAAGGAUAUUUAGAAAUUGUUUAUGUUUUUCAUAAUCAAAUAAGAACUACUGGUGACUCUUCAAGUCAAAGAAAUAUAAGACUGGAUGAAAAUUGGGAAAUUGUUGAUACUGUAGGACAUACUGCUAGUCCUGCUCACACUGUAUUUUCAGUCACAUCUGAAAAUAAUUCCCCUUUACCUCAUGGAUGGGAAGAAAGACAGGAUGCUAAUGGAAGAACUUAUUAUGUUAAUCACAUUGGAAGAUGUACUCAAUGGGAAAGACCAACAUUUAACACUGAAACAAUUGAUCAUGCUGCAAGAGAACAGAGCUUGGAAUCUGCUGCCACUGAAUUUGGGAGAAGGAGUCACAUAAGUGCUGAUGAUAACGAAACAUCUGUAAGAGAAAAUGGCAGUCAGACAUCAAUAUGUAUUCAUAUAAUAAUUAAACCUAUGCAUGAUUCAAGUAAUGAAAGUAGUGAAAGUGUAUUAGAUGAAGAUGUAGCCGAUAGUAAUGAAGUAAGAAAUGAUUUUAACGAAGUUGAUGAAAAUAUUGAGGUAAGACAAAAAGAUAAGACAAAAAAUGCUCUUUCUUCUGAAGGUUUGCCACCGGGUUGGACGGUUCAAAUAGCUCCGAACGGCCGAGUUUUCUUCAUAGAUCACAAUGAGAAAACCACGACCUGGGUCGAUCCCAGAACGGGUCGAGCGAGUCCGAUGCCAAAUCAAGUCGUGACUACAGUACCGAAAAAAGUCGAUGACGAAUUAUCCCCGUUGCCGGAAGGUUGGGAAGAGCGAAUGCACACGGAUGGUAGAACAUUUUUCAUCGAUCAUAACACUAGAACGACACAAUGGGAAGAUCCCAGAUUAUCGAAUCCUCAAAUCGCCGGUCCUGCCGUGCCAUAUUCGCGAGAUUACAAAAGAAAAUACGAGUAUUUUAAAAUGCAACUUAAAAAACCCGCAAACGUUCCGAACAAAAUCGAAAUAAAAGUUCAUCGUAAUAAUAUAUUAGAGGAUUCGUAUAGGAUAAUAAGCAGUAUAAAUAGAGUAGCUUUACUCAAAACGAAAUUGUGGAUCGAAUUCGAAGGAGAAAUCGGUUUGGAUUACGGUGGAUUAGCCAGAGAAUGGUUUUUCCUUUUAUCCAAAGAAAUGUUUAAUCCCUAUUACGGAUUAUUCGAAUACUCCGCGACAGAUAAUUACACUCUUCAAAUAAAUCCUCUGUCGGGAAUGUGUAACGAAGAACAUUUAAAUUAUUUUAAAUUUAUCGGACGAAUUGCUGGCAUGGCCGUUUAUCACGGAAAAUUACUAGAUGCAUUUUUCAUACGUCCGUUUUAUAAAAUGAUGUUAGAAAAACCGAUAGAUUUGAAAGAUAUGGAAAGUGUAGAUUCCGAAUAUUACAAUUCGCUUUUGUGGAUAAAAGAAAACGAUCCGAGCGAAUUAGAAUUGACAUUUUCCAUAGAUGAAGAUAGUUUAGGUAUGACGUCACAAAGGGAAUUAAAACCAGGCGGCGCUAAUAUCGCCGUAACGGACGAAAAUAAAGAUGAAUACAUCAAUUUAGUGAUAAAAUGGAGGUUCGUAUCUAGAGUUCAAGAACAAAUGAAUGCAUUUUUAGAAGGUUUCAGCGGUUUGGUUCCGUUGGCAUUUAUAAAAAUAUUCGAUGAAAACGAAUUGGAAUUGUUGAUGUGCGGAAUACAAAAUAUCGAUGUGAAAGAUUGGAAGCAAAAUACUUUGUACAAAGGAGAUUAUCAUCCGAAUCACAUCGUCGUACAAUGGUUUUGGAGGGUCGUUUUAACGUUCAACAAAGAAAUGAGAGCUCGUUUACUUCAGUUUACGACGGGUACGUCGAGAGUACCCAUGAACGGAUUCAAAGAGUUGUACGGUAGUAACGGACCUCAGUUGUUCACGAUCGAAAAAUGGGGCACACCGGAUAACUACCCUCGAGCACACACGUGUUUCAACAGGAUCGAUUUGCCACCGUACGAAAGCUACCAACAACUUCGAGAAAAAUUAAUAAAAGCCAUCGAGGGAUCACAGGGAUUUGCCGGAGUGGAUUAA